UCAAAGCACUGUUAUAGUGUGAGCUCCACCGGUCGCCUGAUGAGGGGGAAAAAAAGAGAACAAGCCCCGCCAGUUAAAGGAAGUGUGAUUAGAACAUAACGGCGCAGUGACGCCUGUUUUACAGACGGACUGAUUGUGCAGGAUGCCGCCGCAGCGAGUGUUACCUCUGCCGAGACAGCAAUCUCUGCUCCUACCUCCGGUCAUCAAUCCGUUCGUUCAAGACACAAAAUUAACCCAAACUGCUGUCAUUAAAUGUUUCCUGUUGGGAAUCUUUCUGGUGCCUAUUCGGGUCAUCCUGAUGUCUCUGGUUCUGAUGGUGACUUGGCCAGUAGCUUUCAUGAUCACCUUCAAUCAACCUCUGAAAGGAGCAGUGGAGCCAAUGUCAGGCUGGAGACGGUUCAUGUGUAAAAGAGUGAUGGCCGCCUUGGGGAGGGCCUAUUACUUCUCGAUGGGUUUCAGAGUCGUGGUAAAGGGGAAACAAGCAAGCAACAUCGAGGCCCCCAUUCUGGCUGUGGCCCCCCACUCCACCUUUUACGAUGGGAUUGCGUGCGUUGUAUCUGGCCUGCCCUCCACAGUCUCUCGGGUUGAGAACCUGGCUAUGCCCAUCUUUGGCAGGUUUGUCCGCUGUCUCCAACCAGUGCUGGUCUCUAGAAAGGACCCAGACUCCAGGAAGAACACAAUACUGGCCAUCGAAAGUAGAGCUAAGUCUGAGGGCCGAUGGCCGCAGGUGCUAAUAUUUCCAGAGGGAACAUGUACAAAUCGCUCAUGCCUCAUCACUUUUAAACAAGGUGCCUUUAUCCCAGGGGUCCCUGUGCAGCCUGUUCUUAUUCGAUAUCCAAAUAAACUGGAUACAGUGACCUGGACUUGGCAAGGUUUCGGCUCGAAGAAGCUGCUGCUGCUAACAUUGUGCCAGCUCUACACCACAGUGGAGGUUGAGUUCCUGCCACCCCACAUUCCCGCAGAGGAGGAGAAGAAAAGCCCUGCUCUGUUUGCCAGCAGAGUGAGAGACACUAUGGCCAAGGUUUUGGGUGUUCCAGUAACAGACCACACUUAUGAAGACUGUCGCCUCAUGAUCUCAGCUGGAGAACUAACCCUCCCCAUGGAGGCUGGUCUGGUGGAAUUCACCAAGAUUAGUCGCAAACUCAAUCUAAAAUGGGACAGUGUGAAAAAAGAACUUGAGGGUUUUGCAGCCAUGGCCUCCUCCUCCAAGGGAGGACGCAUCACCAUUGCGGAGUUCGCCAAGAUCCUGAAACUGCCUGUCAACCCUGUUCUUGAGGAGCUGUUUGCGUUAUUUGACAGGAACGGGGAUGGCACCAUUGACUUUAGGGAGUAUGUCAUCGGUGUCAACAUCUUGUGUCGACCAGCAAACACUGAAGAUGUUUUAAAAAUGGCUUUCCAGCUAUUUGACACAGAUGAGGAUGGCAAGAUCACGCUUGAUGAGUUUAACGCUCUGCUGCGUUCAGCUCUGGGUGUCUCAGACCUUGACAUGACCAAGCUCUUCAAGGAGAUUGAUGCAGAUUCUUCUGGUUUCAUCACCUUUAAUGAAUUUCAUGCUUUUGCCUCGAGUCAUCCUGAGUAUGCCAAACUCUUCACGACUUACCUGGAGCUUCAGAGAUACCAAGCGAUUCAAGAGGCGAUGCCGGGAGAUCUGGAAUUAACCGGGCAGAUCCAAUCAGGGGAAACAAGAGAAGACAGCCAAUCUGACAAAAAAGAUGACUGAUACUACUGUAAACUUUACUUAAUUGCACUGGCAUAAAAAAAAACAUAUACACGGCUACCACAUGCCAACAUGUUGCCUUUCGAGUAGAAAAUGAAAGCGCUUGGUUUAUUUUAAGUGCUUUUAUUUAUUUUUUUUAAAUAGUGCCUUAUAGAGUUUAAAUAAAGUCCUCAAAUGCAGAGUGAUAGGAUAAAUGGUGUGAAAUAAAAAAUGUGUCUAUUAGAAAUAAUUUAUAUCCAGGAGCAAUUAGUCAGUCCUACUGUGUUAUAUACUUGAAUCUUGUUUUUAAGCUUGUUUUCUUAGCCUCAUUCUUUCUUGCACUGUUACCUUGUCGUUUGUUUUUGUGGUUUGUAUUUACAUAAGAAAAAAAAUGCCUAACAAACACAUCUUUAAUUAUGAGAAAAGAGUCCCAUUGCUGCUUUGUUGCUUUAUAAUUAUUGUUUAGUAAGCUGUCGUAAGAGCUUUUCCAGCCUGUAGAGCCAUUCUUACAUUCUGUACUAAAGCUAUGUUUACAAUAAGCAUAGAUGCUGCGCCUUACACUUUUUUACAGC